GCUGCUGCGGUGUGGAGGGCGGCGGCGAGCGGCGGCAGCGGCGGCGGCGGCUCGGGGGGCAGAAUGUUGGCUACCAGGGUGUUUGGCCUUGUUGGAAGGCGGGCAAUCUCCACCUCGGCCUGUGUUCGGGCACAUGCAGGUGUUGUGAAGAGUGAAGAUUAUAGUCUUCCGAGUUAUGUUGAUCGUCGUGAUUAUCCCCUGCCUGAUGUGGCUCAUGUCAAGAACCUUUCUUCCAGCCAGAAGGCUUUAAAGGAGAAGGAAAAGCAACCAUGGAAUAAAUUAUCUUCUGAAGAAAAAGUCCAAUUGUAUCAUAUCAAAUUCAAUGAGACCUUUGCUAAAAUGAAUAAACCAACAAAUGAGUGGAAGACAAUUAUUGGAGCUGCAAUGUUCUUCAUUGGCUUUAGUGCUUUAAUUGUCAUAUGGGAGAAGCGCUAUGUUUAUGGUCCUAUUCCACAUACCUUUUCUGAAGAGUGGGUGGCCAUGCAGACCCAGAAAAUGCUGGACAUGAAGGUUGCUCCUAUCCAAGGGUUCUCUGCCAAGUGGGACUAUGAAAAGAAAGAGUGGAAGAAAUAGAAGAAUUGGGCAUUAUGCUUCCUGUUUAUUUGAACCUCUUGUUCCUUCACAUAUGUGUAAUCCUGAGCAUAUUUACUGGAAUGUUCUAUGUAAAACAUUAACAGUGAGAAUAAACAACUGACUUACUUGAAGAUAUAGUGUGAUCACUUGAAAAUAGCUGGUACUGUGUCGUGUGUAUCUUUAGUAAAUAUAAACAUUAAAUGCAAAAAUUCAAAAAGUUUGCUAAGUUAAAUAGUAAGUGAUUGUAUAAUUAAGUGUCAACUUGAAGUAUUUUUACCAAUGGAUUUUUUUUAGUGAAAUGUUUCAAUGUGGAACCAAAAUCUGAAAAAUAAUUAAAUUUUGGAUGCAUAUCCAGUUUAUUAGA